AUGGAGACAAUAGGGGCAGAUGACAUACUUCUUUUCUGUGUGCUCUUCACAUUAUUCUUCUCAUCCUUCAAACUGUACAAGAAGAAAAGUCAGCUGCCACCAGGGCCUGUUCCCUGGUUCUUUUUGGGGAAUCUGCUGAAGAAAGAUAUGUUGCCUCUCUCUAAAUACUAUUCCAAGUUCACUGAGAAGUAUGGCCCCAUCUUCACUGUUUGGUUGGGACCAAAGCCGCUGGUUGUGCUCUGCGGAUAUGAAGUGGUGAAAGAUGCUUUAGUGCAUCAUGCAGAAGAGUUUGGAGGGCGUCCUUUCAUCCCUGUCCAUGAUAAAUUGGCCAAGGGUCAAGGGUUCCUGGGCAGCAAAGAUGAGACAAAAUGGAGGGAGCUUCGCCGCUUCACCCUUACCACCCUUCGGGACUUUGGGAUGGGGAAAAACUCGAUGUCUGAGAGGAUACGGGAAGAAAGUCUUUCCCUGCUAAAAGAAAUAGCUGCCACACAAGGGAAGCCCUUUGAUCCACAAGGAAGCAUCCUAACUGCUAAUGCUAAUGUGAUGAGCUCACUUAUCUAUGGGGAAUACUUUGACUACAAAGAUGAGUGGUUUCAAGAGCACAUAAACACUUUGCGAAGCCGAUUUGACUUCUUCCGUUCUUUCCCAGCGAUUCUAUACAACUCUUUACCCCAAAUAAUGGACUAUUUUCCUGGAUUCCACCAAAUGAUGUUAGCUGACUCUGAAAAGCUGUGUGCCUCCAUCCGUGAGAAGAUAGCAGUCAGCAGGCAGAAUCUGGAUCCUCAGAACCCCAAUGGCUUCAUUGAGUCUUUUCUAGUGAGGUCGGAAGAGGAAACCAACACGGUUAAGGACUUCUACAGCGAUGGAGACCUUGUCAUGAGUGUGUUUGCGCUCUUUCUUGCAGCAGCAGCAGUCACGAGUGAUGCCUUGCUCUUCAGCCUUGUGCUGAUGGCUAAGCAUCCCCACAUUCAAGCAAAAGUCCAGGAGGAGAUUGAUGAGGCAGUGGGUACCAUGCGUCUCCCCUGCUCAGAGGACCGGAAGAGGAUGCCCUUCACUAAUGCUGUUGUGCAUGAGUGUCAACGAUACCAAAUAUUUAACCCUGAGAUUCUUUCACGUAAAGUGACUUGUCAUAUAAAAUUCAGGGGCUACAGCAUCCCUAAGGGCACCACUGUCCUUCCGCUGCUCACAUCCGUGCAUUAUGACCCUCUGCAAUGGGAGACUCCAGAAAAAUUUAACCCAAACCAUUUCUUGGACGAGAAGGGCCAUUUCAGGAGGAGGGAUGCCUUUAUGCCCUUUUCAGCAGGAAAACGGUCAUGCUUGGGGGAAUCACUGGCUCGGAUGGAGCUCUUCCUUUUCUUCAGCAUUUUACUCCAGAAAUUCACCUUCCAGAUGGCUGGAGAAGCCAAAAACAUGGAUCCAUUUUCUUUGUUUCUUGCAUAUAAAAGAAGGAAACACCCCCAAAUGGAAGCCAUUAGACGCUCAGUGUGA